AUUUUUUUAAAAUGUUUAAAAGUAUUAAAAAAUGAUGUGAAAAAAAAAGAUAAAAAAAAAAAAAAGAUAUCCUAAGCCUAGCGGAACCCCCACGGUGGCUCCUUAUAAGUCUGUGUAUACUGCGAAAUAUGUCAAAGACAGGUGGAAUUUACUUUAUAAACAUAAAGCGGAGACCUACCGAACAAUAUGGUCCUGACUCACUCCUACGUAGUAAUUGGUCGUGCAAUGCAUUUUCUGUAGCCAUGCGAAAUUAACAACUCCUGACGACUGACAAUAAAAUAUAGUCUGAACUCUCGAGAGAAACUUCUCUGCAGAAGACAUCCAUAACUUGAUAAUCUCGCCUAUAUAAUUCAAGUUUAUAGGAACAAAGCAGAUCUUGUUUCCUUACCAGUACAUCCUCUUUGAUCAGAAAACCUAUCGGGUUAUCUUUAAUCGUAUUCAUUUUUUUUUUCUUUCCUUCUUAAACCCCGAUCCUCUAUAAUUUGGGUCCCGGAUUUGGAUUUUCUACCUUUGAGCAAAUUAAAAGCUGCAUGGCUGACCUACUUUCAAUUGUCAGUUCUAUUGUCACGAUUGUUCAAGAGCAGGCGUCUUCUUUUCUCACGGAGAAGUAUUUCGGACUCUAUGGUGUCGAACAAGAGAUAGAAAAUCUGCAAAGGUUGCUAAGAAAAAUUCAAGCCUCGGUUAAAGACGCGGAAGAAAAUCCACGGGGUUCUUUUAUCUCUAACUCGAUGAGGGUUUGGCUUGAAGAUGUACAUGUAGCGGUUUAUGAUGCACAAGAUUUGUUGAACUCUUGGACGACAGAAUAUAACCUGCAUCAGGCGGAGAAUCAGGUAAAUAAACUUCGUCCUUUUAUUGCACAUAAGUUUUAUAACUUACGUGUAUCGGGUGAGCUAAAAGAAAUUGUGGCGAGGCUGGAUAUGAUUUGCAAAGAGAAAAACGAGUGCCAUCCUGCUGGAGGGGUGGAUGUCAAUGAAAAUCGCCGGCGGGAAACUGGUUCUCUUCUAAACAAUUUAAUUGUGGGUAGGGAGAAAGAAACAGAGGACAUGGUAAAAUUGUUGGUAUCUGAUACUGGAGAAACCAGUACAGGGGAAAACAUUGCUGUCAUUCCCAUUGUAGGAAUGGGUGGUGUGGGUAAAACUACUCUUGCUCGACUUGUCUACGCAGACGACAGGAUAUCUAGAUAUUUCAAAAUUAAGAUUUGGGUUUCUGUCGGGAAUAAUUUUGACUUAAACCAAAUUUUGAAAGAGAUUUUACUAUCCCAGACUAACGAUCGCGAUGUCAGCUAUUUCUCCUUCAACCUGCUACAAACCCGAGUUGUAGAUAUCUUGGCUCGUAAGAAAUUUUUACUAGUUCUAGAUGAUAUCUGGAUUAAUGAUUAUCCAGAAUGGCAAGAGCUGGAAAACAUCUUAAGUCGAGGGGGCAAGGGAAGUAGGGUUCUGGUAACCAGCCGACUCUCAACUGUUUAUAAGGUCAUGGGUGCAAAAGCCCCCUAUGAUCUACCAUGUUUUGAUGAUGAUGAAUCUUGGUCAUUGUUUGAAAAGGUUGUAUUUCAAGAAGGUAGUUCGACGGCCGACGCACGUGAAGAAUUAGAAGCAUAUGGUAAAGAGAUUGUAAGAAAGUGCAAAGGUUUACCUUUAGCUGUCAAACAUAUAGGAGGUCUACUACGUGGAAAUGUUGAUGUUCAAGAAUGGAGCAGGAUCGGGAAGGAACUAAACGAAGAAUCAAACUCCAAAUCUAAAAGCAACACUAUUUUUCCUGUUCUCAGAUUGUCUUAUGAUCGUCUAUCUUACAAUCUGAAGCGGUGCUUCGAAUACUGUUCCCUAUUUCCCAAGGCUUACGUAAUUGAUAAGAAUGACCCGAUCAAAUUAUGGAUGGCGGAAGACUUCAUUGAGCGUAAUGACAUGGACAGAACAGAGGAAAUAGGAAGCAGAGACUUUGAUGAUUUGCUAAACAGGUUCUUCUUUGAAUGCUUAAGUGAAGACAAGACAAAAUUUAGGAUGCAUGAUCUUAUUCAUGACUUGGCAAUAGAAGUCUCCAAACUCCUAUGUUUCCAAGUGAAGGAUAACCAAGUGAAGGAUAAGAAACUAAUAACUCGUGUGCCUAAACAUGUAUCUAUUUUUUGUAAAGACGCCGAGCAACCAGCUUUGGAGAUAAUUGAAAAAUGGAAGAAUCUACGUACGCUUCUAUUUCCAGUUGAACACCUGAAAGCUUUCGAUCAGGUCCCCGGCAAAAUAUCGAGUUCACUGAGAUAUUUGCGAGUUCUUGACCUCAGUUCCAGUACAAUUGUGGCAUUGCCAAAAUCAAUUGAAAAUUUGAAGGAGUUGCGCUACCUUGACCUUUCAAAAAUUGAUAUCACAGAGCUUCCAGAAUCGAUAUGCAAACUCAUCAAUUUGCAGACACUGAAACUCUUAGGUUGCCUUGGGCUUUUCCAAUUGCCCAGCAAGCUUGGAGCUCUAGUUAACCUGAGGCAUCUGGAGCUAGACAAAAUGUUCUGGAACAAGCUCUCCAUAUUUCCACCAAAAAUGGGGCAAUUGACCAGUCUGCACAAUUUGCACACCUUUGAGGUUGGCCGCAAUCCUGGACACAGAAUCGAGGAACUGAAGAAUAUGGUGUAUCUUACAGGAACACUGCGCAUCACAAAGCUCGAGAAUGCAGUGAAUUCAAGAGAGGCUAACUUGAAAGACAAAAAAAUGCUUCAGAAACUGGAAUAUGUGUGGAGCAAUGGAUCAAAUGUAGAUGAAGCGGGGGACAGAGACGCACUUCUUGAAGACCUGCAACCUCACUUAAAUGUCGAAGAGCUCAUAAUUUGUCACUAUAGGGGCAAUGACUUUCCAAGUUGGAUGGGAAAUGGGCUACUUAGGAAGUUGGUUUCUAUUUCCUUGAGUCCUUGCACAAGAACAAAAAUCCUCUCUCUCGACAAGCUAUCCAAACUUAAAAGAACUCCAUCUUAAGAAUAUGCAGGAGUUGGAGGAAUGGUCCGAGGAGCGUUAUCCAUCCCUCGAAAGGCUUAAAAUCAUUAGCUGUCCCAAGCUCAAAAAGUUGCCCUGCUUGUUCCCUAAGCUAGAUGUUCUAAAGAUAUAAAAAUGCGAAUCAUUGGAUGCUAUUCCAUUAGCCCAGCUGGAAUAUAUUACACUUGUGGACAAUCCUGUUCUACAUCAAUGGCCUGAAGAAGAUAUACCAAUCAGAAUUCAAUAUGAAGGUGGCGAAGAAGUAAGUGACACACUGGCCUCUUCAACCUUUUGCUGUUACAUUAAAAUUGUCAAUUGUCCUGAGUUGUGCAAGAUGCCAACGGAACUCUAUCCACAGAGAUUGGAGAUAAGUGGGUGCAGGUCAUUGACUGUGCUGCCAGAUGAACAACACUCAGUACGGCUUGAGCAUAUAGCAUUGGAUGACGAAACAUUGUUGGGAAUGAUACCCAGCACAAGCAGUUUAUCCUCCUUGGUCAUUUCAAACAUCUCAAACAUGAACUCUCUUCCCAAAUUGCCCAGUCUUCUAGGCCUCAAGGCACUCUACAUCCGUAACUGCGAGGAUCUAGAAUGUCUGUCCAAUCAAGAAAACACUUUGCCCCAGAGUUUCACCCCUCUCGAACUACUGUCCCUUUGGAAUUGUCCCAAGCUUGAAACGUUGCUUGCUGAAGGGCUCCCCGAUACUCUUGGAUAUCUGAGUAUCGCCUCGUGUUCAAGGCUUAAGUCAUUUGGCCCAAAGGACACACUUAAGAAUCUGACAUCUCUCCAUGAUCUUUACAUUGAGGAUUGCCCUGAGCUCCAGGCCUUCCCAGAGGACGGUCUUUCACCCUCACUCCUUCAUUUGUGUAUUCGAGGAUGCCCACUACUUACAGAGCAGUGUCGAAAAGAUGCAGACCUGAUGCUGAAGAACAUCCCAGAUCGGGAAUUUGAUAUGGCACCCGCGGAAAUUCCACACUCAUCUUCAUAGUGGGGAUGGGUGUGGGGAAAAUUGCCCUUUAAAAGACAAAAAAUAUGACAAGUUUAAUUCAUCAGUACUGCUACGUACAAGCGGAAAUAGUGCUGCACACCCAACUGACGUGUUGUUGCCAUGUUAGUAUUUAUUUUAUUUGAAAAAAAAAGUGGUGGGAAGGAAGAAGAAGAAAGGAAAACACCCCAGACUUUUCAUUUCUUUCUUGGCUUUGUUUCUCUCUUGGUGUCGUCUCUGUUGGUUUUGUUUCUCUCCCCCUCUUAUGGUAGCAGAGUCUCGAAUCGGUGUAGCUCCAUCGUUGUUGAUCAGUUGCAGCAACUCACGCCAUCCUUGGCUGCUAACCACAUUUCGGCGUUGAAUCUGUCCAGCCAAUGAUGCACACUGUUACAAGUUCAAGACAUGUGGAAGAAAUUAAUAAGGUCACACCAAAUUUGAGAGAAGUUGAAUCCCUGUCUAUUUGUGUAUUUUGAGUGUCAUUCUUGAUGCUAUGUACUGGUCCUUGUGUUAAUUUAGGAUACUCUUACUUUUGUGUAGGUGUCAUUCUUGAUGCUAUGUACAAGGAACUUAUGUUAAUUUGGGAUGUUACUUUGAUGUAUUUGUACACUUUAGGCGUCAUUGUUGAUGCUAUGUACAAGGAACAAUGUGUGGAUUGUUGUGUAAUCUUAAGUUAGAUAUAAUUUGAAUGACCCCUGAUUUACUUCUAA